AUGGAUAACACCAACAUAGAAGCUAGAGAGGAACUAAUGGUUUCACCAUCAUCCAUCGAAAACAAAGCUCGAACAAUAUUGCCGCUAGAAAUAAGGUAUAAUGGAUGGAGACCACCCACAAAAGAAUGGAAAAAAUGGGUCAAGAAGUUACAACCAAAGUUUGAAUAUUUGUGGAUUCAAACUGGAAUAUUUCAUGCAAUCAAAGCUUCUACAUAUGAAAUCAAAAGGGAUGAUGAGUUGGUUCUUGAACUUGCUAAUAGAUGGUGUUCCAACACAAACACAUUUGUUUUUUCUUGGGGAAAAUCAACAAUAACAUUGGAAGACAUAGAGGUUUGUUUUGGUUACUCUCUUCUGGGUUCUUCUAUUUCCAACCCUCUAAUGAAUUGUGAGCAAGAAAAAGCAGAAAAGGAAUUAACGGAAGCAAGAAGAAUGUUUAACUGUUCUAAAGCUAAAAAAGUGAAUCAAAGAGCAUGGAUGAUGUAUUUUAUGGAGACUGAAAGCAAAGGGGAGCAUGAAGCUUUUCUGGUUUAUUGGUUAUCAAGGUUUGUUUUUCCUGCAGAUUCUUAUGAUACUAUUUCGAAAAGUGUUAUUCCUGUUGCAGUACAUUUAGCUCGGGGAAAUAGAGUAGCUCUUGCGCCCGCUGUUUUAACUAGUAUUAAUAGGGAUUUGAGUUUACUUAAUAGUGUCAUUACAAAAAAAGCAACAACAACCAUUAAGAGUUUGAGAGUAACUAUUUGGGCUCCAAUUCAAUUGGUUCAAAUAUGGGCUUUAGAGAGAUUUUUAGUUCUUAGUCCACGCCCUUGUACCAUCGGGCAUGGUUUACCAAAGGUGGCUAGAUGGGAUGGAGUUAAAGUAUUGAAAAAUAAAAACUUGAAAAAAGACUUGAAUAUUGCAGGAUUUGGGAAUGAUUUUCUGUGGCAACCAUAUGCAAAUUCACCAUCUGUUAAUGUUUAUAAUGAAAAAGAUAUGUGGAAAUGUUAUAAUCCUUGGUGGAAGCAAAAGAAAUCAAGCGAGGAAAGAGAUAACAAGAGAGUGAAGGUUGAGGACCAUUAA